UAUAUGGGAAGUGGAACAUCAAAUAACCAGUUAAAUAAUUAUAGGUAUCUAUGAUUUAGAAUGGUAAGGAUGCUAUCUCUACUUUAAGAGCCUGAACGACUAAAAACAGAUCCAAGUGAUUUUAAUCUAAGAUGGGACGAUACAACAUUGUUAUCACAUAAAAAUAAACUUAAACAUUAAACUAAUCUUCUUGAAAUAGUUAGAAAUGUUCCUUCAAAAAUAGUUCUUAAUUAAAACUAAUAAAACUUACAAGCAUUUAAUGCUAAGUCACCAGGGAUCAAAAAACCAUUUAUUGAUUAUGCUACCACUAAUCUAAUUGAUGUGAUAAGAAAAUCUAAAAAAAUAGAGGUAACAAUUAAAAUAUUGUAUGAGAAAGUGGAAAUAUCAAUGGAAAAAUAUUUGAGCAUAAAAGAAUCCUAAAUGUUAAGUUCUUAAAGACAAAAGCAACCUAGAAAAUCUUUAUAAGUCUAACAUACUUUAGAAGUUGUCUAAACUUCACAUUUAGAGAAGAGUGUUAAUGAAGAAGGCAUGGCAUAAAUCAAUUAAUAUACUGUCUUAGAAUCUUUAGGAUAGGGAGCUUUUGGAAAAGUUAAAAAAGCAUAAAAUUUUAAAGCAGAAAUCUUUGUAGAUAUAUUAACUCGAUUUCAUAGGCAAUUAAAAUAGCAAAUAAAAAAAAGUUAAAAAAGAAACUCCUUUCUAAAUCAAAUGCUUAUACAAUGCUUGAAAGAGAAAUAGCUAUCAUGAAGAAGGUAUCUAUUUUAUUAAUUAGAUUUCCCAUGAAAAUGUUGUUCAAUUAUAUGAAGUUAUUGACGACCCUAAUAAAGAUAAAUUAUAUCUAGUAAUGGAAUUUAUGGGCAAAGGAAGUAUAUUAAGCAAAAGUUUCUUUAAAAAAUAGAGAGCAACAUCAAAUAUUCUUGAUGAAAUUGAAGAAAAAAAUUAUAUAUCGAAAUUAACAGAGGAAUAAUGCCGCCAUUAUUUUUCUGAUUUUAUUAAAGGAUUAUAUUACUGUAAAAUAUUAUUCAUACUUAGUACAUGAAUGUGUAAAUGUGAUUCACAGAGAUAUCAAGCCAGAAAAUCUUUUAGUGAAUAUUAAUGAUUAACUCAAAAUAGCAGACUUUGGAGUGUCUCAUAUCAUGGAAGAUGGGGGAGAUGGACGAAUAUCUAAUUAAACAGGUACUCAAGCAUACUUAGCUCCUGAAGUUUUUAAAGGUAUGAAUUUAAUUAAUUAUUUAGGAUAGAAUUUUGAUGGAAAGCCAGUUGAUAUUUGGGCAGGCGGUGUCACUUUGUACUAAAUGGUUUAUGGAAAACUUCCAUUUACAAGUUAAAAAUCUAUGGAAUUGAGAUAAUAAAUCUUAGAAGACAAGUAAAGGGAUUUAUUUAUUUAGUCCUUCUUUUUUAUAACCCUAAGGAUUUUCUAAUUCAAUUAUUAAAUUAUUAUAAGGUUUAUUAUAAAAAGCUCCUGAAAAAAGGUUAAAAAUAGAUUAAAUUAUUAUGGAUGAUUGGGUUACAGAUUUUGGAAAAUAACCAAUUAUUAAUUAAUAUAUAGAAUAUAUAGAUGUUACAGAAAUGGAUAUUCGAUUUGCUUUAACUAGUCUCAAUAUUUAAAUGGCUUUGAAAAUAGUUGUAAAAUUACUAUAUUAAGCUAAAAAAGCCAGAAGAAAAAUUGCUGAAAGAAAAAAAAUGCAAAAAUGA